AUGCGGGGUCCGCGCGCGGCCUGGCUGCUGGGGGGCGCCCUCCUGCUGGCCGCCGCGGCCUCGGGCAGCAGCGCGGGGCCAGCUGUGGGAGUCAACAGAACCUCCAGGGGCAGAAGUCUCAUCGGAAAGAUCCAGGACAAUGACCUUCUGGUCACCAAAAAAGGAGUCACGGUGGCCCCCGGAUUUGGAGUGGAUGAGUUCGCCGCAUCCAUCCUCACCGGAAAGCUGACGACCGUCUUCCUCCCAGUGGUCUGCACAAUCGUGUUUGUGGUCGGCUUGCCUAGCAACAGCAUGGCGCUCUGGGUCUUUUGUUUCCGAACGAAGAAGAAGCAUCCCGCCGUGAUUUACAUGGCCAACCUGGCCCUGGCGGACCUCCUCUCAGUCAUCUGGUUCCCCCUGAAGAUCGCCUAUCACGUACACGGCAACAACUGGCUUUACGGGCAAGGCCUCUGCAAGGUGCUUAUCGGCUUCUUCUACGGUAACAUGUACUGCUCUGUUCUCUUCAUGACCUGCCUCAGUGUGCAGCGAUACUGGGUCAUCGUGAACCCCAUAGUGCACCCCAGGAAGAACACAAACAUUGCCAUCGGGGUUUCUGUGGGAAUAUGGCUGCUGAUUCUGCUGGUCACCAUCCCCUUGUAUGUCAUGAAGCAGACCAUCUACAUCCCAGCCCUUAACAUCACGACCUGUCACGACGUCCUUCCCGAGGAGGUGCUGGUGGGGGACAUGUUCCACUACUUCCUCUCCCUGGCCGUUGGCCUCUUUCUGUUCCCGGCCCUCCUCACAGUGUCUUCCUAUGUGCUCAUGAUCCGAGCACUCCGAUCUUCUGCCAUGGAUGAACACUCGGGAAAGAAAAGGCACAGGGCCGUCAAGCUCAUCAUUACCGUCCUGGUCAUGUACCUCGUCUGCUUCACACCUAGUAACCUUCUACUCGUGGUGCAUUAUUUCCUAAUUAAGAGCCGAGGCCAGAGCCAUGUGUACGCCCUGUACAUCACCGCUCUCUGCCUGUCCACCCUCAACAGCUGCAUUGACCCCUUCAUCUAUUACUUUGUCUCUCAAGAUUUCAGGGAUCACGCCAAGAAUGCUCUCCUGUGUCGCAGCGUCCGCACUGUGAAGCGGAUGCACAUCUCCCACACCUCCACGAAAUUCUCCAGGAAGUCCCGCCCUUAUUCUUCAAGUUCAACCAGUGUUAAAGCUUCCUCCUGAGCUUCCCCACUCCACAAGCAGAAGCUUCCUUCCUGGGGAGGGGCUGGUGUUUCCUACCAUGCAGCUUCUCCCAGGACUGCUGGGGGCUUCGCUGCCUGCAGGGGAACAGCUCCUCAUGUUAACCCAGACAGCAGUGUCAGACUCUGCUACUCAGAUGGCCUGGAAACUGAUCUGACCAAAGCAGAUUUUUUUAGAAGGUGGUGAAAAGACAGAAACCUGUCAUGCAGAAACUACACCUAGCAUGAAGACGAGGCUUCCAGUUGAAAGUAAUUUUUCUAAAUCUGAGGUCCAGCCGAGCCUUGUUAGGGCUCAGGGCCCCAGAGAGCAUCUCUCCAAUUCACCGGCUUUCCAGAUGAGGAAGCUAACUUGGUAAAUGGGCUGCUGGAGUCAGAAUCCCAGCUAAUGGCAGGGAGCUCCGGAAGGGAGCUCUGGCAGGACAGCAGAACCCACAGGUCCAGUGAGUGGCUCUAGAUUCUUCACCGAAGUUGGCAAGGGUUGUGAUAAAUGCAGGCUCCUUGGGCGGGUGAGGACAGCUCAGUCCACGGGAACCAGGUCCUCUACAAGGCUUGUGCUGUCCAUGCGUGAGAAAGCCCGAGAACCUUUGGCCUGAGAGCUUUCCACUUGACAGGCUGCCACAAUGGUUUCUGAAAAGAAAAGCUAAGAAGAACGUUUCACAUCUCUUACUGUUCCGCUUGUAAUGAAAUUUGUUGUUGAUGUACUAGGACCCUCAGUUAUUUCUUUAUUAUUCCUUUAAGCUUUUGCCUGUGUUAUUAUCCUAGAAAAAUUUGUGGAUCUUAAACAUGGUAAUCAACUUUGUUAUAAGAUCUUACUAACCACAGUCUGAGUAAUACACUUAGCUUUACAACUAAGAGGGAUAUUUACCACUUAGUAUUUUUUUUUUUUUUGGUACCGGGGAUCGAACUCAGGUCCUUGAGCUUGCAAAGCAGGCAACAAAACCACUGAGCUAAAUCCCCGGCCCCCUACCACUUAGUAUUUUUAAAAGUUAUUGUUGGGAUAUUUAUUGUCAAGUUUUGUUCACUUGUUACCGAAUAGGAAAUUACAGAGUCUUCACAGGGUUAGAACCACAUUCAUUUGGGAAACAGCGUGAACAGAAAGGGCUUGCAACGUGUUUAAGAGGUACUUGACUCCAAAGGGAUUACACACCUGCUGUACUUGUGACUUUUAAAAAUUGUUUUAUUGUAUGAUUGGUUUAUAAAUAAUACACUGCUUUAUUUUACAACUUA